AUGGACCGUGAGGCAUUCGUUAAAGGGCAGCUCGAAGCAGUUCAUAAAGCACUCACCAAAUAUGAAGUGCCCCUCAAACCAAAACACGCACGUCGCCUCAUUGUUGGGACUCACCAGGAGAGGUCCGCAGCAGUGUUUUGGAAUGCUGUCAAUCGAAUUCAAUUGGAGAAAAAUCCUGUUAUGACAUGGAAGUUCUGCCAUCUUCUCCAUAAACUGAUUCGUGACGGACAUAGGAAAGUACCUGAUGAAUCUCACAGGUUUGAAUUGAGUUUCAUCUAA